UUAACUCGUUUACCGAAACUCUUCAAUAAUAAAUUAAAAUUGAAGUAAAUAAUAUUUACAAUUGGACAUUGUUUAUUUUUUAUCUUAAUAGUAUUUAAUUAAUUGUUAGUUUUUUUCUAACACUCAAUUUAAUUUUAUUUUGUUAUUAAGAUUCUUCUGUAUUAUUUAUAAUAGUAUUGAAAAAUUUAUUUAUAGUAGUGUAUAUCUAAUUUUUAGUGAAAAAUUAUAAUUAAUAUGGAUUUAGUAAUUGAUAUAAACAAUAAAAGCGCUGGACGUGAUAGAGUUGCAAGAUUUUUACAAUAUGGUUCUAAAACUGCAUGGCAUUAUAUGGAAAAAAAUGAUGUUGAUAUUACUUCCAUCAAUAAGUUCAAACAAUUGGAACAAUCAUUGGCUGCUUUUCGAAAACUUUUACGUUUUGGUCGGUUUAUUGAUACUUUAUAUGCUGCAUUAAAAACAGUUAACCAUUCUGAUAAAUCAAUACGAUUUUGUGUAACUUUUUCUAAAGUAGCACAUUCCCUGUACUUAUUAUGUGAUCAUUACUUAUGGUUAGGUAAACAAAAUUUUAUUCAAGUGAAUACUAUUAAAUGGACUCAAACAUCUAAUAAAUAUUGGCUUUUAUCGAUUGUAUUAAAUCUAGUUAGAGAUGUUAUAGAAUUAAAUAAGUUGUUAAAUUCAAUGCUAAAGAAGAAAAUUUUAAAUACUUUAAAUAGAAAAGUAACUCCUAAAGAUGUUUUUUCUAGUGGAGCUGUUCAAUUUGUUAGUGAUCACAAAGACUUAUUGAUAGAUACUGUAAAAAAUGGCUGUGAUAUUUUGUUACCCUUAACUAAUUUAGGUCUUAUAAGACUUAGUCCUGGGACCAUUGGUGUUGCAGGUAUGUUAUCUUCAGUUUUAAGUUUAUACACAAUAUGUGAUCAAAGAGCUAAACUACCAUAUUCAUAGAAAUAUUUUAAAUUGAGGAAUGCUCCUUAUGUGUUCUUUGAAACCAGUAUUAAGACUGCUAUUGUUCAAUCUUUUUUUUAUAUAUACAAAAUAAGUUUAAUUUAUAAGUAUAUGUGUAUAUUUUUUGUUAUAAAUGUUAUAUGUAUGAACAUGAAAAAUGUUUACUGGUUAAUGCAAAUUUAUAUUUUUAUUAAUAAAGUCAACUUUUAAAUUCAUGUGAACUUUUGGGAUAUUAACAGAUUGGUCUUAAUUUUAAACAAUGACUAUUUUGUAUUAGUGAAUAUUUAUUUGUGCAUUGGUGAUUUUUUUUUAAUUUAUUGAUUUUGUUGUUAAGUUUUAUAAAUAAGAAUAGAAGUAUUUUUUUAUGUAAGCGUAAGUUAAAAGGAAAGUGUAAUACUGAUUAUUAAUAAUAUACUAUUAUUAUGAUAUAAUGAUUUUAUAUUAUGAUUUAAUUUAAUUUAAUUUAUAUUAUGAUUUAAUAAUAUUUGGUUUUUAAAAAAUUAUAUAAAAAUGGGUUGAUAAAAAUA